UAUGGAGUCCUCCUGGCUGGAGACGCGUUGGGCGCGGUCCUUUUACCUGGCCUUCGUGUUCUGCCUGGCCCUGGCGCUGCUGCAGCUCAUCAAGUUGUACCUACGGAGGCAGCGGCUACUGCGGGACCUACGCCACUUUCCGGCGCCCCCUGCCCACUGGUUCUAUGGGCACCAGAAGUUAAUUCAGAACGGUAAAAUGGAGAAGCUUGAAGAAACUGUUGAAAAAUACCCCAGUGCUUUCCCUUGCUGGAUUGGGCCCUUUCAGGCAUAUUUCAUUAUCUAUGACCCAGACUAUGCAAAGACAUUUCUGAGCAGAUCAGAUCCCAAGACUCAGUACCUGUACAGAUUUAUGACUACAUGUCUUGGAAAUGGACUCCUGAGUUUAAAUGGCCCCAAGUGGUUCCUGCACCGCCGCCUACUAACUCCCGGAUUCCAUUUUAACAUCCUGAAAACGUAUGUCCCUGUGAUGGCCCAGUCAGUGAACACAAUGCUGGGCAAGUGGGAGGAGAUCUGCACCACUCAAGACACCACCGUGGAGGUUUAUGAACACAUCAACCUGAUGACCUUGGACACAAUCAUAAAAUGUGCUUUCAGUCAGGAGACCAACUGCCAGAUAAGUGGCACCCAUGAUCCAUAUGUAAAAGCAACGUUUCAACUCAGUAAAAUGCUGUUUUACCGCUUGUACAAUUUUUUGUACCACCAUGACAUAAUUUUCAAACUAACCCCUUUGGGCUAUCGCUUCCAGAAGUUAAGCCAAGUGCUACAUCAAUACACAGAAAAGAUCAUCCAAGACCGAAAGCAAUCCCUCAAGAAUGGGGUAAAGCAGGAUCCGAAGAGGAAGUACCAGGAUUUUCUGGAUAUUCUCCUUGCUGCCCAGGCUGAAAAUGGAGACAGCUUCUCAGAUACUGACGUACGAUCUGAGGUGAACACGUUCAUGUUCGCGGGACAUGACACCUUAGCAGUGAGCCUCUCCUGGCUCCUCUACUGCCUGGCUCUGAACCCCGAGCAUCAGGAGAGAUGCCGGGAGGAAAUCAGAAGCAUCCUGGGGGACGCACCUUCCAUCACCUGGGACCAUCUGAGUGAGAUGACGUACACCACAAUGUGCAUUAAGGAGACAUUCCGAUUGAUUCCUACAGCACCAUCCGUUUCCAGAGAGCUCGUCAAGCCCCUUACAUUCCCAGAUGGACGCUCAUUGCCUGCAGGAACACUUGUGGUUCUCAGUAUCUGGGGUCUUCACCACAACCCUGCAGUGUGGAAAAACCCGAAGGUCUUUGACCCCUUGAGGUUCUCUCGGGAGAAUUCUGAUCAGAGACACCCCUAUGCCUUCUUACCAUUUUCAGCUGGACCAAGGAAUUGCAUUGGGCAGCAGUAUGCCAUGGUUGAGUUGAAGGUGGCCACUGCCUUGAUUCUGCUCAACUUCAAAGUGUCUCCAGACACCACCAGGCCUCCUGAGUUCUCGAACCAAAUUAUCCUCAAACCCAAGAAUGGGGUCCAUCUGCACCUGGAGAAACUCACCGAAUGUCAAAUCCCAAGAUGUAAUGAUUAAAUAUAACAUAUCCUGCUUUUAAGUUGAAUGUACAGAUAAUAAUCCAAGAACAUGGAGAUUAAUCCAAAUGUGGAGGGAGGGUUGGAAAUCUACGGCGCCGCACAUGAGCCAAACACAUGCCUAGGUAACAUGAGGGCAUCCGUUUGUUUAUGACUUGCAGAGAUUCAGAUUGUUUUAAAUUUUUGCCUACUAUUAAUGCUAUGCACUAAGUGCUUUGCUGGGUGACUUCCUGUAUUUUUUGUUAUUUUAGAAGAUAGUCUUCAGAAUUACCCAAGAGAUGAAUGCAUGCUUACUGCAAAGACAAAUUCUUAACACCAGAAAAUUAUGUAGAAUAAACAUUUCAAAUCCCACUUCACACAACACACCUCAUGCCCUAACCAAUCCUUUUUUUUUUCUAAAAAUAAAAUAUUUUGGUCUUCA